AUGGCUUUUCGCUUGAGGGACUUUACAAGGAUGAACCCUCCAAUGUUCUUUGGGUCUAAAGUGAAUGAAGACUCCCAAGACUUUUCUGAUGAGGUCUACAAGAUCUUAUAUGUUACGGGAGUGAGUUCUAAUGAGAAAACCGAGCUAGACGCAAAUCAACUCAAAGAUGUUGCUCAAACAUCGGUUCCAGGGGGAAGACGUGGAAAUUCACUAAGUGAGAAACCUACUUGUACCAAAUCUGGUAAAAAGCAUAUAGGUGAAUGCUUAGUGAGAACGGGUAAUUGCUUCGCCUGUGGAAAGAAUGGCAAUAAAGUGAGAGAUUGUCCCGUGUUUAAGGAUACGGGGAGGGAGAGUAAUAAAGAAAAAGCAAGAGGUUCUAGUACCGAUGCUUCUAAGAAGAAUCACUUCUAUGCUCUCCGCUCUAGGGGUGAACGAGAGGAUUCUCACGAUGUCGUCACAAUAUGUUCCAAAUGUUCUCCAUUAAUGUCUAUGCUUUACUAG